ACUCUGCUGCUCACACGGUCACUCAGCGGCAUCAUGUCCGCUAACUGAGCUCAGUUGAACCGAACCUUAGAACUUUAUGUUGAUGAAUGGAACCAGCUGACUCUUAUGUGGUGGAUUCUGAGCCCUGAUCAAACCCAAAUCACUAUCAGGGACCUCCUGCUGCUAGAUGUUAUUUAUUGGAGCCACAGAACCACAUUUCCCUGCAGCAGACUAUUAGAAAAGCGGAGGGACAUGGCGCAUGCGCUGUACGAAGCGUCCUAGGGCACAAAAGGCGGGAAGGAACCGGUCAGAACUGGAAAAGCAUGAAAUGGAGGUGGAGGGAGAUGACCUCCAUCCUUCACUGGCUGCUAGAAUUUAGCUGCGCCUCUAUAAGGUGUGUUGCGGUAUCAGGACGGUAGAGGAGCAGGAAGAUCUCAGCCUUCCUUGAUUUCGGGGAAGUCUGCCCCAGACGAAAUGUCCCCGGCUGAAGCUGUACCCGGAAAUGUCUCCGAUUUUAGCCUUUUCUGAAUAAGGAAAAAUGUAUGUAGACUUUUAUUACGGUAACCGGCGGUAGAAAGAGCGGGUGAGCAUGCUGCGCGCAACACCAGCUAUUACGGUAGCUGUUUGCGCGUCUCUUAAUGUUACAGAGUAGAAGAGCUGAGCUUGCUGCCUUGGACUUGGCUGAUUCUGGUCGUGAUGAAGAUUCGGUUCGCGGUAGGAAACGCCACUAGUGUUGUCAACAUUCACUGUGCCCAGAUUUGCCACAACAUUAUGUCUAUUAUUAGACAAGAUGUUCCUGCUCAUCAUUUUAUCCUCAACCUAAAAGAGAUUUCUGUUCUGGACCAGAGGGAAACAGAAUCUCUAAAAACCAGAGGGACAGCAGAGGAACCAGAACUUACACAAGUAAAACGAGAAGAAUAUGGAUCAGAACCUCACCAUAUUGUAAAGAAAAAAGACCACAUAGUGAUAAAGCAAGAGACGGACACCUUAAAGGGAAAAGUUUCUGGAUCUCUACAUAUAAAAGUAGAACCAGAGGAACAUGAACUGAAACAAAUGAAAGAAGAAGAUCGUCAAUCAGAAUCUCAGCAGGUGGUAAAGAUUGAGGUUGAAGACAUCAGUCUGGAUGAAAACCAAGAUGCACUGAAGCAGGAGACUGAUACAUUAAUGGGAAAAUAUUCAGGAUUUCCUGAAAUCAAAGAGGAACCAGUAGAACUAGAACCUAAGAAACUGAAGGAAGAGGAGCAUGGAGCAGCACAUCAGCAGACGGCAAAGAAAGAGUCUGAUGGCAGCAGUCAGGAUGAAAACCAGUAUCUACUGAAGGAGACUGAUACCUUAAUACUAAUGGCUUCUUAUGAUGAAACAGACAACCAACAACCUGAACUUAAUAGAAACCAAAUCUUCUUCCAGAACUUCCCUAAAGCAGAGCAUCAUCAGGAAAUAAAGACUAAUGAGGCCUCAGGAUCCAGCAGAGUUGAACGGCAACAGAAGAGAGCUCAGAAAACCAGAGGUCAAAGUAACAAUGUAGAGAAAGGGGCGAAUGACAAGAGAAUUCACAAAGGUAAAAAAUGUAAACAGUGUAAAGUGUGUAGUAAAAGGUUCAAAUUCAGAUGUAAUUUAAUAUCUCACCUGAGAAGUCAUACAGGAGAGAAACCUUUCUCAUGUGUAACAUGUGGAACAGGUUUCAGUCAAAAAAGUAGUUUGGUUACCCACAUGAGAACUCAUACCAGAGAGAAACCUUUUACAUGUAUAACAUGUGGAAAAGGUUUCAGUCAUAAAAGUAGUUUUAAUUACCACAUGAGAAUUCACACAGGUGAGAAGCGUUUUUCAUGUAUAACAUGUGGAAAAGGUUUUUGUCAUAAAAGUCAUUUGAAUAACCACAUGAGAACUCAUACAGGUGAGAAGCGUUUUUCAUGUAUAACAUGUGGAAAAUGUUUUUGUCAAAAAAGUAAUUUGAAUAACCACAUGAAAGCCCAUACAGGUGAGAAACCUUUUACUUGUAUAACAUGUGAAAAAGGUUUCAUUUGUAAAGUUAGAUUGGACAGCCACAUGAGAACGCAUACAGGUGAGAAACCUUUUACAUGUAUAACAUGUGGAAAAGGUUUCACUCGUAAAAGUAGUUUGAAUAACCACAUGAGAAUUCAUACAGGAGAAAAACACUUUACAUGCCGAACAUGUGGAAAAAGUUUCAUUUGUAAAGUUAGAUUGGAGGUCCACAUGAGAACGCAUACAGGUGAGAAACCUUUUACAUGUAUAACAUGUGGAAAAGGUUUCACUCGUAAAAGUAGUUUGAAUAACCACAUGAGAACUCAUACAGGUGAGAAACCUUUUACAUGCAUAACAUGUGGAAAAUGCUUCAUAUGUAAAGUUAGAUUGGAAAGCCACAUGAGAACUCAUACAGGUGAGAAACCUUUUACAUGUAUAACAUGUGGAAAAGGUUUCACUCGUAAAAGUAGUUUGAAUAACCACAUGAGAACUCAUACAGGUGAGAAACCUUUUACAUGCAUAACAUGUGGAAAAUGCUUCAUUUGUAAAGUUAGAUUGGAUACCCACAUGAGAACUCAUACAGGUGAGAAACCUUUUGCAUGUAUAACAUGUGGAAAAGGUUUCACUCGUAAAAGUAGUUUGAAUAACCACAUGAGAAUUCAUACAGGUGAGAAACCUUUUACAUGCAUAACAUGUGGAAAAUGCUUCAUUUGUAAAGUUAGAUUGGAAAGCCACAUGAGAACUCAUACAGGUUAGAAGCUUUUCUCAUGUAUAACCUGGGGAGAACGUUUUUGUCAUAAAAGUAGUUUUACUAAGCAUGUUAGAACUCAUAUAAAAUAGAAACCUUUCCCAUGUCAUACUUGUGGUAUAGGUGUCUGUAGCUGUAACUUUGCUAAACCAGCACCCUUUGGACCCGUCCUUUUUCUUCAGGUUGGUUCAUGUAAGAGGUUGUGUUUUGGCAGAAAACAGUAGUUUAGGAUGAAACAACCUAAAUAUUGUUUAUUUUAUGACGGUUUUGCUUUGUGUGUGGUUCUAAAGGUUGAACUAUUUUGAGUGAACUAUUCUGUGUGCUAAAAGGCUAUCUGCUCUGCUAAAAUCGGCAGACCUUUAGACCUUGAGGCUACUUGAUAUUUUUGUUUCACGUUCUGUUUCAAGUUAAAGUUAUGACAAACUUUAUUUAAUGGGUGAUUUUAAACACAGAUCGGCCAUAAUGCGCCGCCAGCGCUCAUAUGCACAUUAAUAUGUAUAUUAAUGGUAGGUAAAGGUACAUGUUUGAGCUUAAAGAAGUGGUGAACAAGCUAUAAGUUUUCCUCUUUUAGACAUACUGAUUAUUGUUCUUAAUUUGGUGUAAAACUAAUCUGACUUCAUUUCUCAGUUCCUGAAGAUAAACCUUGGAUCUUAAACAUGAUUCCACAUUGAACUGUCAUAUCAUUGCAUCACUGUUAUUGGUUCCCUUGUUCCUUUGUUGUACAUAGUUCAUCAGUUUCCUUCAUUUUGCUUGGUAGUUUUAGAUGAAGCCUAGUGAAGAGUUUAAUUGAAAUGGUUAACUUGGAGUUGAAUGUUUUCUAAUAAUAAAAUCUUAUAUUUUAA